GAUUUAUAGUGAGUGCUUCUUGUUUUCACUAUUUUUCCCUGGUUAAGCAUAUAUGAAUAAAAGAAAAUAAAAACUAAAUAAAAAUAUCUUUUGCUAGGGGUUUGUGUUUCUUAUUUCUUCAUAAAUCAUUAGUAGGUUGGGUUGUUUGUUGCUUGAUAGAGUAUGAGAGAAUAUGUGUGUGUGUUAUUAACUUUUGAUUAUAUGAUAUGAGAUCUAUUUUGUUAAUCUAAAAGGAAAAUGAAAGGACAGUCGACGCUAAAUGAAUUCCAAGUUGGUUCCAAAUAAAAUUUGGAUCAAAUGGAAUCCAAUAUACUGAAUUUAAUUGCAGAUAAGAUAAGUAGAAUCUUAAAUUCAAAUCCAUGCCAUCCUGAAGCUGCUUUAUAUUUUUUAUACCAUAUUAUAAGCUCUGGAAAAAUGGAUUAUCCUCUGUUUCAUAGCAGAUGUUCUUAUAGGAGAUUUUCAGCUUAAAGUUUUGAUGUACUAGUUCCUAAGGGAACUCAACAAUGCCUCUUAGAAUGUUUGGCUUAAUCACUUCCUGUGCGUACUCAUUUUUUCGAUAUGUUUUCAGGAUGAUUUAUGUGAACAGUUAGCUGUCAUAUUGAAACAAACCCCAUCCAUCUGAUUAACCAUAGACUAAUAAAUUGUUGAGGGCAUUGAAAUGGGUUCACCUGAGCGUAGUCGGAGUUCUGCAAAACGAGACACAGAGGAUGGCCUGGAUGUGAAGAACAAUCGAGACAGGGAUAAUGAGGAAUGGGAGGGCAAUGAUAAGAGAAAGCAUAGGUCAAGCAAGUCUAGAAAGCCUAGCAAUGGAGAAGAAACUGAAGGAUUAGAUGGCAGUGGAAGAAGGAGAAGUUCCGGUGAUAGAAAUGAGACUCGUAAGAGGUCAGGUGGCUCUAGCAGAGCAGACAGUGAUGAAGAUGAAUAUGACACAAGAAAAGAGCAGCGUUCCAAGCAGAUUAAGAAAAAACAAGAGGAGAGUUCCUUGGAACAAUUGAGCAGUUGGUACCAGGAUGGAGAAGUAGAUAACAGGAAAGAUGGUGGGGACAAGUCUGGGAGUAGAGGGCACAGUCGGGCUGAUGAAAGUGAGAGAAGAAAAACAACUUCAAAGUUCUCAGAGCAUGAGAGCUCCCGAAGUGGAAAUAAAAGCAAGGAUGAAAGAUCACAUGAUGGAGAGUCUGAAAAAUCAUUGGAUAAAGAUUCAAGGUACUCAGAAAGAAGGGAAAGUGGACGAGAGAAGGUUCAUGAUUCUUCUGAUCUGGGAAGAAAUUCAAGGAGAAGAUGGGAUGAGUCUGAUGCUCUUAGGAAAGCUGAAGAAAAUCACCACGAAAGAGUUGAUCUGAGAAGUGGAAAGGCUUCUGAUACCAAGUAUGAGAGUUCUAAAGACAGGAGUGCAUCUGCCAGACAUGAGUCAAUUGAGAGUAAAAGCAGGGGUUUAGAUUCAAACAGCGAGAAAGUUAUCAAAUCCAACAACAGAGAAGAGAGAAGGGUUGAUACUGAGAAGAAUAAGAGUAAAGGCAGGUCAGAAGCUUUGGAAGAAGAAAUUAGGGAUAGUCCUAUUCAUCAUGAAGACAGAUCAGGUAGGGAUAAGAGUGAGAAGAGUAGACAGCAAAGAACUCCAACUGGUCGGGAUGUUGGUGAAGGACGUGAAAGGUCUUCCAAUAAGGAUGAUGAUGGAAAUGCUUGGAUGAAACGCUCUAACAGGUCCAGGACUCCUGAAAGGAGUGGGAGACGUCAUCCAGAAUCAGAACACUCUGAGGUGGAUUUUGAAAGAAGCAAUGAUAUAAAGCGGAAGGAAAUAGAAAAAGAUAGUAACAGGGACGAGAGAUCAAAAGCCAGAGACGAUAGUUGGAGUGACAAGAAUAGGGAUCGGGAAGGUUCAAAAGAGAAUUGGAAAAGAAGGCAAUCCAGUAGUAAUGAUAAAGAGUCAAAAGAUGGGGAUAUUUUUUAUGAUCGUGGCAGAGAGUGGGAGUUACCAAGGCAUGGUCGUGAUCGGAAUGAUCAUGAAAGGCCUCAUGGCCGUUCAGGUAACAGAAAAGAUGGGAGUAGGGGUGAAGCUGUGAAGACAUCAUCGAAUUUUGGAAUUUCAAACGAGAAUUACGAUGUGAUAGAGAUCCAAACCAAGCCUCUUGAUUAUGGAAGAGCAGAGUCUGGGCCCAACUUUUCUCGGAGAUCUGAAGUUGGUCAUCAAUCUGAUGUUCAAUUGGCUCCAAACGAACAAGAGUGGGCCUAUAUGCGUGAAGAUCGAGCAAAAAGGACUGACGUGCAUGGAUCUGGACAUUCAGGUGAAGAUUCAAGGGACAGAUAUGUGGACGAUGGACGGGAUACAAAUUCAUGGAGGGAUGAUAUUGAUUAUCAGGGAGGGAAAGGAAGAGGCCAGAAAGGUGCUCUGCCUGGUCGUAAUGCAGGUUCUGCUAGUGGUUCACAGCCUCCAUAUGGAAACCAGGAGGCUGGGUCUUUUGGUAGAGGUCCUCCACAGGGAGUGAAAGGGAGCAGGGCAGGGAGAGGAGGAAGGGGCAGGCCUACUGGGAGAGACAAUCAACAGGUGGGAGUUCCAUUGCCUAUCAUGGGAUCACAUUUUGGGCUUGGAAUGCCACCGCCUGGAUCAAUGCAGCCUCUUACCCCUGCUCCUGGUCCUCCAAUAAACCCUAGUGUCUUCAUUCCUCCUUUUCCAACUCCUGUUGUUUGGCCUGGGCCUCGAGGAGUUGAUAUGAAUAUGCUAGGUGUUCCACCUAGUCUCUCUCCUGUUCCUCCUGGACCAUCAGGGCCACGAUUUCCUCCUAACAUAGGCACUCCAGCAAACCCUGGUAUGUACUUUAAUCAAACAGGUCCUGGAAGAGGAGGUCCUCCUAGCAUAUCUGGGCCGGGCUUUAAUGCUGCUGGACCAAUUGUACGAGGUACACCACCUGAUAAACCCUCAGGAGGUUGGGCUCCUCCCAGAACUGGUGGAACCACAGGUAAAGCUCCUUCCAGAGGAGAGCAGAAUGAUUACUCACAGAAUUUUGUUGACACUGGCAUGCGACCCCAAAAUUUCAUCCGGGAACUAGAACUUACAAAUGUUGUGGAGGAUUACCCCAAGCUAAGGGAGCUUAUACAAAAGAAGGAUGAGAUUGUGUCUAAAUCUGCUACUGCACCCAUGUAUUUCAAAUGUGACCUGCGUGAAUUUGAGCUGUCCCCUGAGUUCUUUGGUUCCAAGUUUGAUGUUAUUCUUGUAGACCCACCUUGGGAGGAAUAUGUUCAUCGAGCUCCUGGUGUUGCUGACCAUAUGGAGUACUGGACAUUUGAAGAAAUACUUAAUUUAAAGAUUGAGGCUAUAGCAGAUACACCUUCUUUUAUCUUCCUUUGGGUGGGUGAUGGUGUAGGGCUUGAGCAGGGUCGUCAGUGCUUGAAGAAGUGGGGGUUUCGGAGGUGUGAGGAUAUUUGUUGGGUGAAGACAAACAAAAAUAAUGCAACUCCAGGGUUGCGGCAUGGUCAUACUUUGUUUCAGCACUCUAAGGAACACUGCUUGAUGGGUAUAAAAGGAACUGUCCGCCGCAGUACUGAUGGUCAUAUAAUCCACGCCAACAUUGACACUGAUGUCAUUAUUGCUGAGGAGCCUCCUUAUGGUUCAACUCGAAAGCCUGAGGAUAUGUAUCGGAUCAUUGAGCAUUUUGCCCUGGGCCGCAGAAGGCUUGAGCUCUUUGGUGAAGACCACAAUAUCCGAGCUGGUUGGCUGACUGUUGGUAAUGGCAUAUCAUCGUCAAACUUUAACAAAGAGGCAUACAUCAGAAACUUUGCAGACAAAGAUGGAAAAGUUUGGCAAGGAGGGGGCGGACGAAAUCCACCCCCUGAGGCACCUCAUCUUGUCAUUACAACCCCUGAAAUAGAGUCUCUUCGUCCCAAGUCACCAAUGAAGAACCAGCAGCAGCAGUCAACCUCCAUUUCUGUGACACCUAUCAAUUCCUCAAGUAGAAGGGCAGCCGGAAAUUCUCCGCAGAAUACAGGUGGUCUUGGCUUAAAUCAAGAAGCCUCUAGCUCUAACCCUUCUACUCCGGUUCCAUGGGCUUCGCCUAUGGAGGGAUUUAGAGGACGGGAUAUCGGCAAUAUGCCUUCUGAGGAUAAGUAUUUUGAUAUUUAUGGGUAUACUGGGCAGGCAAGUGGUGAUUACCCAGAUUUUGACUCUCAGAGACCAUUGAAUUUGUUGUAA